AUGAAUUCGGCUCUUUUUGUGGAUAAACAAACAGUGAGUUGAAAUUAUUUUAGAAUCCGAAGUCCAUAUCUGCGCUUUGUACAGUAACCACCCAGACGCCUAUACAAAUAAAAACGUGCAUACAAUAUUAUACUAAGUGUACACAGCAUACAUAUCUGAGCGAAGCGACGAAUGUAUUGGUUUUACAACGAUGUUUGUUUUUUAUUUUAUCUGUGAACAGUUUCUUUACCAGAAAUCUAGCACUUAUUUUAAAUUGUGGUACCUUUUCGGUAAGAAAAUUUUUUCUGAGUGGUAUUUUAGAGAGGUUAUGUACAAUUUAAGAAAUUUAUUAAUUUCAAUUUUGUUUUUUUGUUGUGAUUCAGUUAAAAUUAUUUGUAGAGACUUGAAAUUUGGACAAAAUACUUAUAUUUUCCUUUUCUAAAGGUAUUAAAGUUUUUAAAGCAUUUAGACCAUUUUUAAGCUGUUAAUAGAUAUUUUAAUUUUGCGAGUUUUUUCGUAAUUUUUAUUUAGUAGGUUUUAUAUAGAUAAAUUGUUAGAUUUAACAAAAACGCUUGAAAAUUUGAUUGGAGAUUCAUUAUAAGUCGUGGUUAGUGGUAAAAAAAAAAAAAAUUAAGUGUAAUGUAAGAGUUGUAAAAUCAAAAUUUGAUGAAAAUUAAAUAUUCAAAACAUGCAUUACUGAAAAUCGCUCUGAAUCGUUUUUUGUUAGUAAUGGUAUAUCGUUACUUAAAAGAAUAAAUUAAAAAACUUUGUGUAUCCUAUACCUUCUCUACUUUCCUCCUAUAACAGUAGCACAACCUUCUUCAGUAUCAGCUCUUUCCUUUUUUUUUUUUUUUUUUAUAUUAGUACUUUUUCCGAAAGGAAAUUUUAUCUUGUUUGAACAUUGAUGAGGUUAUUUUUUGAUUUUCCAAUGGGUUUUUAUGAUAAUUAAGAACAACUGAAAAAAAAAAUAAUUGAAAAAACGGCAAAUAUUUACGGCGCGCCGUGGUGUUUUAAUUUUUACAAACUAUGUUUUCUACCAGAAAUAUUGCUUUAAUCAAAAAAUAUCUAGAUAUUUUUUUUGUUGGAUCUAUAUGAACGUAGAAGUUUUGAUAAUAACAUAGGAAAACCAAAAAAGACAAUAAUGAAAAUGAAAAACGAACAAAUUUACGGCAUACGAUUUCAUUGUUUUAAAUUUUUACGGUUUGUUUUCUACCAAAAAUAUUGCUUCACUAGAAAAACGACAAGAGACUUUUUUUGUUGCAUUUUUAAUCUUAUUGGUGAGUAAGAAGGUCGUUUUUUUUUAAUUUUCCCUGAAGUUUUUUUAAUAUAAUUUAACAAAACCAAAAAAUAACGAAAUUAGAAAAUAUUUUUAUUUAUUAUUUACAAUUUUGUUUUUUGUUAUAAUUCAAUUGAGAAUAUUCAUAGAGACUUAACAUUUUGACAGAAAACUCAUAUUUGCUUUUUCUAGACUUGGUAAAAUUUUCAAAUAUUUAAGAUAUUUUUAGAUAUUUAAAUUUUGUGAGUUUUUUAUGUAGUUUUAUUUUAUAGCUAUAUGUGGAUAUAAUUGUUUCAACAAAAAUGUUUAAAAAUUUAACAGCAUGUUCAUUAUAGGUUGUACUUAAUAGUGAAAAAAAUAAGUGUAAUGUAAUAAUUUUAUUUUAUUGGUUUUAAGACUAAAUAUUGAUGAAGAUUAUAAAUAUUACGCCCUUUGAAAAUCAUAUAUAAACGAACUUCGCUCAGAAUCGUUUUUCGUUAGCAAUGGUUUAUCAGAUAUGAAUUAUGUGUAUAAUUAAUAUUAUUAUAUGUUUAUGUAUUCUAUCUUUCCGAUUUUCCACUUACAACAGUGGCGCACCCAUCGUCAGUUUCAACUACCUAUUAUAGUAACUGUAUCAACUAUUAUUAUAAUAAACUACGUGUUAAACUCGAGCAUUUUGGCUAGUACAAGCAAAUUGUAUUCACAAAAAUAGAAAAAUAUUUUAUGAAACGCUGUCGAUUUUUAUCAUAUUAGGUAGCACCGCUAUCUUUUUUACAAUUAAUUUCUUACUACAUAUUUAUCAUACUUAUCUGUGUGGCUUGUGUAUAUAUUCAUGUCAGCCAAUCCUGAUAAUAUUAAUAGAAUGAUGAAUGAUGAAUUAUAUUAUAAUAUUUUAUUAAUAUAAAAGAAGACCCUAACCUAACCUUAAGAAACUCGAAAGAUUCAACGCUGAUAGGGCAAAAUAAAAUAUAAAACGUCCAGCCGCUGUAGAUUUCGUUGCCGCCCGUUCGUGAAAUUUUCAUAGGUAUCUACCAAACUAUCGAGAACGCUCUUAAACAUCGUUCCCGGUUACCGCUCUCACGGUGAUAGUGAUUUCGUGUACGCGCAGUACGACGUCGUGUUAUCGCUGCAAUCGGUGUCGGUCGAGGCGGCGGCGGGGUGCGUGCGGUGUAACCGGCACUGUCGUCUUGGCCAAUGGGAUGCGUCCGGGACCACUGCACCGGGGCUCGUGUCUCACACUCGUACACAGAAACCAGCAGCGCCCGGCGGCGGCGGCGGCGGCGUCGGUGGCGGCGGCGGGCCGGUCACCUUUAUACCGUCGCCGGCCGGUAUAUACACGGUAUGUGUUCUGGUUCAUGGUUACCGGCAGGCCUCGUCCGACAACAACCGUGAUCUUGUUCGCACCGCGACCCGGACGGCGAGUCCGACCCGUCGGCCGAAGUUUAAACAGUGGGCGUGCGCACGCGCGAGUGUUGCUACGGCGCGUGACGGCGCGGGGAAGAGGACGCUAUCGACGUUUCGGGCCCCGUACAACAUUCGCCGUAUUCCGUGGCUGCCAGUCUGCGUGUGCCGUGUGUCCGUGCGCGCCAGUAUAGCGUCUCUCAGUGUUCUUUUUCCGCCGUCCGUGCGGCUUCCCGGAGAUUCUACACGCGCGCGCGCGCGCACACAUCGUACGCACACACACAAACGCUCGCGCACACACGCACAUCACCCGGCGUAUUGCCAGAACGCUCUUGCGGGUGGAACUGUACGGCCGUGUCGUUUCUACUGUUUACCGCGGCGCUUUCGUGUCUCUCGCGGAUUUGUUCGAAUCAUUUCGAUUCGCGCCGCUACUAGAGACGGCCGUCGUUGUUGAGCGAGGCCCUCCGUCGUCGUCGUAUUAUAAUUGUUAAUUUUCGUAAUAAUAUUCUCGUGUAACAGGAAGAGCCGGACGACUGACUUCUCGCGAAAGGGACGCGGCGGACAAGCCGAACCCGUUUACCGUCGUCGUGUUUUGCGCACGGUCGACGCGACAAUGUAGGGAAAUGAUGAUGACACUAUCCGCCGAAGACUACCGCCGCGUGCAGGUGAGAUGUUUGUUUAUAAUAUUAUUGUCUGUAACUAUUAUAAUACUGUAAUGUUAAGUGUAGAUUUACGACGCCGUCGAAGCGAUUAAAAUAUAUCAUUGUAGUGGUUCUUUAUUGGAACAUUAGGCGCGGGCCUUUAGCAUUAGGUACCGACGGGUAUCCUACGGUAAAACAAUUUUCGAAAAAAAACAAUAAAAAAAAGGAAAAAAAAAAAAACAACGUUUUUGUUUUUACCGGGGCCGGAUCACCUAACCCGCUUAUAUUCGGUGUCCGUCGCGUUAUAAUACGGACAGACCGCGGACGUACCUGCCCGGGUCUCCCGCGAACCUAUUGUGUAUACGGAACCUAUCGUACUACGAUAUUGUCGUUAUUCUCCGAGCGCCCUAAAAUAAUAUUCGAUAUCGUUCUAAAAUGCGUUAUUUUUCCAACGCAGUUUACGCGCGCGCGUACCGAAUUUUACGCCCGUUCAAAACGAAAAAAAAAAAAAAUAAUAAUAUUAUAGACGCGAGCGCACGCCUACAAUGUACACAUUAGUGAUAUUAUUGUUAUUAUUUACCAUGUGCGUGCGUGCGUGCGUGUGUGUGUGUGUGCAAUACGUCAAUUGGUCUUACCUGCAGCGUACUAUUACAACUACUACUACUACACUCCGGCGUUGUUGUUGUUGUUGUUGUUAUUAUUAUUAUUAUUAUUAUUAUAAUACUUGCCCACGAACUCGUUAUGCCGUAACGAGCAGGCCAUCCGCGUUCUUCGCGCGCACAUAAUGUAUAUUUUAUUUUUUUUUUAUUCUCCCAUUCUUUAUCCCCUCCGUACAGACCGUAUUAUCUGCCGGAGAUCCGUAUGGUCUUCCCGCGCGUACGCGUUUUCCGGACGGGACGGUGGUCCGUUACACCGCGCCGCACAGGCCGGCAGGCGGGCAUAGGUUCACGGCGGCGGCGGUUGCUGCAGCCUCCGCAAACGGACCGGCCGCAUAUUUUUACAGGUAUAAAAAACGCCCCUGCGCUCUUUAGAGCGGGCACGCGCAUAGUGCAGGCAAUAGUUGUGAGUAGGCAAGUUGUACCUGUUGUACUGUAACAAUAAAAAUAACAACAACAUAAUAGCGAUACCGCAGUUACGCACAUUUCGCCCGUAGCGACAGUAUCGCGAAUCCGAUAAUAUCGGUUUUUAAUAUCGCGCGUCCCGGACCCCGGUGGCGGUUUCGACGGGUAUCCGUCGCCACUAUCGUUGUCGAAUGUUUCGGGUUUAAAUGGCAAUACGAAACGUUUUCAUUCUCGUCUCUAGUCUCUACACGUUUACAGGAUCUGCAUUUCGCCGGCGAUUUCAUUCGCACCGCAUCAUUUUAACCCUGGAAACGGGUUUCCUUUUGCAGUACACAGUCCCUCGGUGUUUCCCCCCUCCCCUAUCACAACGCCUCCGCCGAUUUCUCAUUUCGACGUACGCGUGUCUAACCGGGUCAAACUUCUUAAAACCGGCGGACAUUGCGGGUGAAUAUUGUGUUUUAUUUUCCAAAAAACUUUCUAACUAUUAUUAUCCAUUAUUGAUGUUGCGGUACUAUAGACGACUACUUACUACUCGCGAGAACCCGUGGGACCCGACCCCGUCCAAAUGUCCACUAGUUUAUUAAAGUUUUCAAAAGCGGGCGUUUAAAUCUAUAUACCGACAUAGAAAUUAGAAGUCCGAAAAAUAACGAAGGGACGGUAUUUUCCAAAAAUUUUCGAAAACAAAAUGUUCCUAGUCUGUACAAAUAAGAAGAAAUGUUUUGUAUUGUUUUUAAACGUUUGGAUCCAACUAUACGUAUAUAAUGCAUCAUUACGUACGGAAAGCAAAGACCCCACUGUAGUAUAGAACCGAAAAUUCGUUUGGACCCAACUAGUGUACGACCAAAACCACCAAGAAUCCCACCAUCUCACCAUCCCGGGAUCCCACUCGGAUUCAGCCGAAUAUAAUAUAAAUACAUAUAAGAGGUACUAGGGAAAAUCCAUAAAAGUCACUUUUUCUUUUCAAUCCGAGAUCGAACACGGUUUUUCAAUUUCAAAACUUGACAAAAAUUUUUUUUUUUUUUGUACAAAGUAUAAAGUUCGGAUCAAGUCAAAAUAAUAGUAUACGUUGAAAUUCGAAACGUGAUAAACGGAACCCAAUUAUAUGUUCGAAACGCACAAUAACAACCGCGUUGAAGAUAUUGUGUACGAGUAUAACGGGAAAAGCGUCUGUAUACCAGAAAGUGACUCUUCCGGUUUUUACCUUGUACCAUUCACGGACAGCGGACAUAUAAUAUGUUUUUAUGGAAAUUCGCUCUGUUUAAUGUGGUUACCGAGUACGCCUUUAUCGGAUACGUUAUAAACAAAUAUAAACAAAUAAAUGGAAUUCUUUGGUCCCGGGGAAGACGGCCCGAAGUCGGUUUCGUAUACAGUUUCCAAUACGAUCGGGUCGAUAAAAUAUGUUGAAAAUUGCCAAACACGGUCUAACCGAAAUGCCCGUGCUGUGUGACUUGAUAUACGCGAUUUGUGACUUUUUUCGCCAAAUAAAUCUACAUCACAAUAAUAGUGACCGAACGAUGUUGUUUUCAUUGGAUUUUCAAUUACGCGUGCUAAUUCGAUAUACUUCUUGACGAAUCAACCGAACAUUACCGCGCUCUGUAUGUGACUAUAGGCGGUUACAACAUCGUUAUUAUCGUUUCUAUUUGCUAUAACAUUGUCAUCGAGUGGUAAAAAUCGCGCAGAAGAAUAGGCGAAUGUUCAUUAUAACAUAUCGAUGGAAACCUCGUUAUUAUGUUACACAAAGCGGUCAACGGGGGCGUGCACCUUAAUAUACGCCGUCCUAUUAUAAACACGAUAUUUUAUUCAACGCGUUCCAACCCUUACCUUUACCCUUCAAUUUUGUUUUUUUUUUUCAUUUCCGUGUAAUAAGGUAUCGGUAUGGGUACCCGUUUGUUAGUUUAAAGUCCCAUUGAAUGCGCACACCCGACUAUUCGACGCGUAUGAAACGCGUUUUCUUAAUUCCUACGUGCGGCGGCGGCGGGUGUACACAUUGUACUACGCGGGUCACUUUUAUGUAAACUGCAAAUUGCCGCGGUCUAUAAUAUUUUUCAUCGGUAUCUACGCCCAAGUAUUGCGUUUUGUGUGCCGAGUAUUGAGUGUGCGCGUCAAGACAUUUCCACGACCGUAUCGUUUUGUACGGUUUUGUUGUGUAUUAAUACCUAUUGAAUAGAAUAUUAUUAUUGUUACUAGUUAAAACCGCAUUCAAAUCGUCCUACAUAAUGUUUUUAUUGAUCCGCGCAUAUUAUAUACCAUUUCAUUAUAAACAAGUGCCUGGGUUGUUUGAAGUGAUAUUUUCCAUUUAAAACGUCGCGACCGCGCGGUGCCGUUUCCGUUUCCGUCGGACGGCAGAAGCAAAGUUCAAACGUGUCGAUUUUUUCCUAUUGUCGAGGCGCUGCUGUACCGGAAGAAAACGUAUACGCUCCCCGUACUGGGGACACUGCAGUUCACUGUUGUCGGAGGAAAGUCGUGAACGCGGGCCAUAAUCUAUUAUAGGGUAAUGCAAUGUUUAACUGUACGCAACGAUAAAUCGUUGUUAACGAGAAAUGAUUCUGAGCAAAGUCCGGUUAACCAUAUUUUGAAAUGACGAGGUUUCGAAGUAUCCGGUGAAAAUUCAAGUUUCAACGAUUGAAUGAACAGAAAAAAAAUUAAAAUUGAAAAUUUUUUCGAACGUUUUUCCAAACUUUUCAGAAAAUUUUACUGAAAAUCAAAAAAUUUCUUUCUCAUCGCACUAACCAACCAAUUUUUUUUUAUUAUUUUAAUAGAAUAAUAGGAUUUUCUUCAAUCUGAAGAUUGGUUUACAACAAAUUUAUUUACGAUUCAUCUUUUUCUCAAUAUUUCCCUGUUGUCUCAGUUGUCUGCCAUAUAUUGAGCUUCUCGUAAGAAGCGAUUCCUGUCAUUGGUUGACUGAUGUACUUCGUUCUCGGCUUUUAUCUUGCUUGUGGCCCAUUUAUCAUUCCUUAUUCAAAUUAUUAAGCUGUAUAAUGUUUAAAAAAUAAUACGAGAAUAUUUUUUUCAAUCAAAUAUGGGUUUUCUUAUGGAUUUCUUCUUUUAAUAGUUAUAACCAUAAAUAUUUUGUCUAUAGUUUACGAGUUGUCUCCCUAUAAGGCGGACCGAUUUUCACAAGAAUGUUUCUUGCAUGUAUGCAAUAUUUAAAUGAGUAGCUUAAAUAUUAAUUAAAUCAAAUAUAAGCUCUAACUUAAAAUUACCCGUCAUAGUGUAAAUUUUUCAAAAACGAAAUAUCGUAUCGCAUAAUAAGACGCAUAAUUAAUUGCUUUUUAUCUUUUAAUACCUCUAGUCUUAAAUUGUACACUUUUAUUUUUCGUAUAAUAUUUUCGCUUCUAAAAUUAAUCAUUAAUUACCAUAAAAAUAAAAAACCCUCAUCUAAUAUCCAUGUAAAUAUAUUUUUUAAAUAUACCUUCGGGAUAUCGUUCGAAAACGAAAUGAUUAACAUUUUGGUUGCUAGAUUUUAUAUUUUACCUAUUAGCCUGCAAUCAUUAUGUCGUUCAAUUGUUCAGUGUACAUACUAUAAAUUCACUUUACAACGGUUUUGUGUUUUAUAUGAUUGAUUCUACAGAACUAGGAACAUUUUAUUUACCUAUUAACUUAUUUAGCAAAAAAAAAAAAAAUUUAAAAAAUCAUUUAAUUAAGUUAACGAACGUGUAUACGUUAAUAGAACUAAAUUCGUUUAUUUUCAAUUAAACAUAUUAUUAUUUACAAAGCUAUAUUGACAAUUUAAUCAAUUGUCCACUAUACAUACCUCUCCUCUUCCCACAUUCAAAUACGAAUUUAACUACCAAGAUAUGCAUUAAAUGUUGUAUAAUAUUAUUAUAAUUAAUUAAUUCUAAUCAAAUUGAUAUAGUAUAUUAAUAUCGAAUAUCCUACUGAAUUGUUAAACUAAACAAAGGAUCUACAGGAGAUGAACUGUUGAGAAUUUAAAAAACUGAGGUAUACUCCGUGAAAAUCAGAAAAAUGUAUUUAGAAUUUCGUAAAAAUUUUCAAAAUCACACGCAUACACUAAUGUAGUAAACCGAUCGUAAACUGCACACCACUAAAUCGGCUACUGCACAUUCUGUAUUUGUAACUGCACACUGUGUGUGCUACUGUAUAUGAUUUUAGGGCCCGAUACAAAGAUUAUUUUAGUUCAACAACGAUAAAUAUUAAAUUUUUAUUUUUGUUUAAACGGUUUUUACCGCAAUAUAUAUUAUUAAUCAUUUCGAAAAAUACUUAAUAUCCGUACGGAUAUAUUAGGCGUUCUAUUGAAAACCAUAUUGGACAUGUGUAUACGAUCGUAUAUAUGUUUUGUACACACUGCACUAUGCCACUAGAUAUUAACACGGACCGUUGUAUUAUUAAAUUUUUCAAACAUAUUAUGUAAGAUUGUUAUAUUUUCAAGUUAAUAUUAUAUAUAUUAUAAUAUAUAUAUAGCAAGAAACGAACUAAUAUCAUGGCAGCGUGUUAUUUAACCAAUAAAAAAGGAAAUAAAAAAAAAAAUACGCACAUGCGAGAACAUAUGGCUUCAAGACACGAUUCGUGUGUGUUGAUUUAGUGACGUGAACUAUUAAAACCCGUAAACAUUCUUUAGAGUUUCAAACGUUUAUGAGCAGUGUAAUGUAUAAUACGCGCUAUAAAUUUUUAAUUUUUACCAUCGUAUUACAUCGUCAUUUAUUGUGUGAAUUCGGUUGACGUUUAUAACGUUUUACUCGAAGUAAUGACAUACCUACCUUAAUAUUAUUAUGACCAGUAAACGUUUGUGGAGUAUCAAAUAGUAAUAUAAUAAUAUAAUAUAUAUCGCGGCCACUUCGUGAAAUCGAUGUUUUCGUGAUAAGUUGUCCAUUUCACGAGGAAACGCCUUUUUCACACUUCAAGUGAAAUACAUUAUUACCUCGACAUAAAUAUAUAUAUAUAUAUAUAAUAACAAUAAUAAUAUUGUCAUGAAAUGGUCACUUGAAUUUUUGACAUCGUGUAGUUUUUUUCGCAAUGUGAUCGACUAUUUAUUUUGCGCACCGAAAUAAAAUGUUUUCCGCGUACUCUGCAAUAUUGUAUUGUUAAAUAUUAUUGUAUUUAUGUAGGUGUUUAUCUUUAUCGAAAUAUGAAAAAAAAAAAAAGGGGUUUAUUAUAAUUUUUUAUUUCGUUUUUAUUUUACUUAUUCGAGAAAGACAGUGAACGGUGACAUCGGCUGUUACGUUUCAUGUAACUUUUGUAACAAGAACAUCGUUUAGUCCUACAAACUGCACGUUUUCAAGAAAAACUUAGGAAACUACGAUCUCUUGAUACGACUUGACUUCACGCAAAGUCAAUUAUUUUUAUUUAACAACUCGUUCAACCAAAAUAAAAUUUUUUGGUAGUAUACGACUGCAUAUUUCCAAAAAAUAGUUGUUUACCCAUAUAGAUACACGGUUAAUAUGCUUAUGUGGUUUAUUUCGCCAUGAAAUAAACCACUAGGCCCAUCUUAACUUAUAGCAGAGCAGUAUACAAUGGUAUAGGAUACAAUAUUUUUAAUAUAAUAUAUAAUAGUUUUUUCAACAUGCACAAAGGUUAAAGAUAGUUUAAUAAUUCCGAUUACAAUACGGGAAAUGAGCGUGUGUGGUUUAUGUUUUGAUUGUAAUACAUAGGUACAACGUAGUUGGAUUUCAAUUAUAAAACUCAGUUCGAUUAUAAUAAUGAUAUCGCCGGAUGUUUAAAUUAAAUACUAAGAGAAUAUAUAAUACUAAUAUAUUACGAUUACACAAUACAAAAAUAAUAACUCGCGGAUUGCACGGAGAGUCAGUACAUUCGCGAGACUAUGAGAGGAUGGGUUAGAGAGGUGUUUAUUACCGGUGGAUAGAUCUACGAUUUUAUAUUAAAUAUUACUACUAUUUGUUUAAAAUAUAUUAACUAUAAAUUGGAAUUUGAAACCGAAAAAAAACCCCCCGAAAAAACCUCUACAUUAAAAUAAAAGUUUCGGUCUUCUUUAAUACGGUCUUUAAAGGUUCCAGUCCCUGCGGCACAUGCAUUAUAUACACUGUAGAUACAUGAUAUACGGGGUGGUGUCCUACAGCGUGUUAUCUGAAUGCUAAUAAUUCAGUUAAUAUUAAUUUUUUUUUAAAUCGAGUUUUGUGUCGGGAGACAUCAAUGUAGAGAAAAAUUAAAUUUGUACUUUAAUCCCUUAAUCAUUGAAAAAAAUAACUUAAUUUUUUACUUUUUAAAUUUUUCAAAAUAGCUAAUUUAUAAAAUAUAUUAUUCUUAACAUUUUAAUGUACCAUACUUACAUAUUAUUUGAUCAUUAAAGUUUCUUUAAAUAGCUAUUUUAAUUUCUAUAAAAUUGGUGUGAAAACAAUAAAACCACUAUAACUAGGAAAAUAUUGAUCGAAUAUGAAUGUAUGAUACAUUCAAGUUUUUAGAAUAAUUUAUUUUGCAAAAUAGCUAUUUUGAAAAUUUUAAAAAGUGACAAAUUAAGUUAUUUUUUUGUCAGUGAUUAAGGGAUAAAAAUAAACAUUUAAUUUUUCCUUACAUUCCCCUUACACAACACCCGACUGAAAAAAAAUGUAAAAAAAAAAAUUCAGAUAACACUUUAGGACACUCUGUAGAUAGGGAAUCAAAAACGCACACAAAGCGUUUCACGAGAAUUAAUUAUUAUUUUAAAGUGCUGUUGUUAUGGUAAACUAUUUUAUAUUUCCCUUGUAAAUUAAAAUAAUAAAUCGACUCAUACAGGGUAAACUGUAGCCAUUAUACCUAUAUGUGGUAGAUAUUCAUUUGUCUUAUUAAAAGUUUUAAAACAUUAAAAAUAUUAAAUAAAUCAUUUUAUAUUGUUUGCACUUAGUACCUACCUACACACGUAACCAUUUUGUCUGUUUUUUGUAUAAAAGUGCCAGUACGAUUAUCAAGUCCAACAAUGGCUGAAUUAUUCAUAGACGAACGAUUUAACCAAAUAAUGUUGCGUUCAUUGUUUGUGUUCAUUAUUGUUAAAUUGUUUUGAAAUUUAACACUAACAUAGAGUCUUCGAAACUUCGAAUUUGGAAUACGAAUUGUAUAGUAUAUAUUCAAACGCAAUGAUUUUUUGCUGUUUUAAAGAUUUAAAAAUACAAUUUCCCCUGACAUGCUACAAUAAUAGGUAUACCCACUGCAAUAUUGUUAUAUAAUACAGUAAAACAAGUAGUGUCUUAAAAAAUUAGACUAAAUAUAUUUUAAUGGUAAUAAGUUCAUAAAUAAAUACUAUUUAUACUAUUAUUAUUGAUUACCUAAUCUACAUCAUUUAAAAUUGACUAUAUAAUAUAUUACACUUCUUUUUUGAUUUAUUCUUUUUGAAAGAGAGCCAAAGUUAUUUUUGUUUAGCCCAGACUGCGGAAGCUAUUCAAUUUAGGCAUAUAGUGUUUUUUGUUUUUUUUGUAAAUAUACUUUUCGGAGCAGUACAAAUGUUUAAAAUGUUUUCGUCCUGCUUAUUCUAAGGCAGGGGUAGUAUACCUACUUUUUAAAACUCUCGAAUUGGGUAAAAUUUGCAUUGUGGUAAAUAAAAACAGUGCGACUUAGAAUGAUAUUUCCACUGAUUUGGAAUUGUUAAUUGCAUUUUAAAGUAGUUGUGUUGCGUGCUACGGUGAAAUCGACUACAUACUUACUCGUAUACAUACACGAGUUUAGAGGUUUGGUAUAGUUUUUAUAAUCUUAACGGUUUGAUGUGAGUUUUGCGGUUAUUUAUACUUUGUUUAUUUAAUUAAUUCAAAUUCAUAACAAUUUUGAAAAAGCUAUAAAAGUUGUAAAAGUUGUAAAAUGGUUACGCUGUUUAAUAAAAGUGUUCGGAUUCUAUGUAAUUCCGAAAUACUUUCUAAUCGAACUUGGUUGGGUAUAAUAAUAUACAAUUUAUCGUAAAAAAUCAUUUCUAUAUUCCUGCGUAAAAUACUAUACUUAAUUAAAAAUAUUCAUAUUCUAAUGAGUAAUGGUAUAUACAAUAAAAAUACCCCUUGGAAAAGAUGCCUUAUUAUUAUUAUAAUAUAUCCAAGUAAUAAAGGGCUGCAUAACGAGUUGAACUUUACACGUCAGAAUAGAUUGCUGAGUUGCUUAACGAGUUGAAUCACGCAAUAGGUAUGUGAUUUUGAAUGCUAUUAAUUCAUUUUUAUUUUAGCUACAUAAUGAUAUUACUGUGUUUUGGGCAAAUGCAGUAAUAUUAUGUAUAUUAGUUUUCGAAAUCGUGUUUUUGCGAAGUAACAACCACAAUAAUAAAAUUCCAUAAUAUUUUAUGUUUUAUCAUUUUAAACUUUUAAUGUUUUCUGUUUACUAUUUUAUUCCCAUAACAAUAUAAGUGCACAGCUGUCUUUUUAAUAUUUAGAUAGAUAUUAUAAAACUUUGUUAGACGUUAUACAGUUCGGUCAGUUCGAUUUAAACUUAUAUCGUAACUAUUUUUAUUAGUCCAAUGUACAUUUUUUUCCUUUAAAUUACCCGUCUAUUAUUCAACGGCUUUUAUUGUCAUAAAUUAUAAUAAUGAGUCGAAUUUAAUAUUUUUCUAAAGAUUGAAAAUCUAUGUAGUCACUCGAAUAUUUCGAUUCUGUUGAAUAUCGCUAUAGAUUACUUCAUUUAAAUGUUUUAAAUCAUUAUUUAUGCGUUUAUCGAUUGUCUUAAAAAAUAUUAUUUUUACCCCGUCAAAUAUAAUAUAGUUCUGAUUUAAAUCGCCUACGUUACAUAUUAUUUCAAUAUAUUUAGUUUUAGAAUUCGUGUUGUUUAAAAUAUAGGUAAACAUAAUAUGUAUUAAACACUCGUUAUUGUUUCAUUUCAUUGUAACAUAAUAAUAUAUCUUACCUCUCUUAGGUUUUGUUUUUUUUUUUCGUAAAUAUUAUGUUUGUGUAUACGAGGUGGUCUUUUCGCUAUGAUAUAUUGAACUAUUGUUUUGCCAUCAUUAACUAUAGUUUUUCUAUUUUUUCAAUCCGAUAUUUACUUAUACUUCCGCGUUUAAUAAUGUAAUAAUAUGUACAUCGCAUAUGCCAAAUAAUCGUGAUAAAUUUCCUUCUCAAAACCAAAUACGGACGAAGGCCAUGAUGUGCAUUUAUACUAGCAUAUAUAUAUAUAUAUCGUACGUAUCGUAUGAUAUCCGAAUCGAUCAUCCGUUUAGUCUUCUCAUAUAGUCGUCGUAGCUAUGUCAUAAUAACGGCUAUCCUCGGAUUUCAUCGAGAUAAAUUAUUGUUAAAACGAGAAGAUUGUGUGGUAUACUGGCGUACCUAUUAUAUAUGACUAGUGACUACCUAUAUCCGACUUAAGGUCAGUCACGCAGAGCUGUCACGUUCCAUUUGGGUCAGUUUGUAAUUUUACCUAGCCCCACCCAACUUACAAAGAGGAUGUAGAUUGUAGGUGUACUGAACCAAAAUUCCGGAUGAACUGAAUACUGGCAUUCACUAUUCAAUAUAUAUUACCUAGUUUAUUGUACUUUUAUGUUUUUUGUCAUCACGGAUAUUUUUUAAUACAAUCAUUUUCCGUUCGUAUAAUACGAGUAUAAUAUUAUACCUAUGGAAUAAAAUAUUGUUUAUCGUUCCCAAACUACGUUAUGAUAGGUAUAAAUUCUAUAACUAUACGAAUUAAAAAUCAUCUAAGUUGACAAAGUUCAGUAUUUUAAUAAUAUUAUAUUACCUACAUAUUAUAAUUAUUCCUUUAUUAUUCCAUUGUGAGUAUUCAUUAAAUACAUUGAUUUUAGAUAUCUAAGUAUUAAUUUAUAAUGUUUUAUGUUUAACUUCAAUUAAUUCAGUUUGUUUAUUCAAAUUAUUUAUCAAGAAUAAUUUAAAUAAAUUAUUUUUGUUUUUGUAUUUGGUUAUUGAAACUGCAAAAUAUUACCUAUUAUUAUUAGCAUUAACUUAAAUUUUAAAUAUCUAUCUAUAUUAUUCUAUAGUGUUGGCACAAUUCAAAACGUUUAUUGAUGUAGAAUAAUGGAGUUUAAUUAAAUCCAAAAACCAUAGUAGGGGAUGUGGAGCAGAAUAAUGAUGCCACAGUUUUCUUAAUAAAUACAGUACAGUAUACCGUUAAUAUUGGUCAUAAUUUCACCAUGUAUUAUUUUCUCUGUAUAAAUAUAUAUAUAAACAAAUUAUAUUUUAAAUUUUUAUACUAAAAUGUCUAUGAAAUAUUAUUACGUUAUUAUCAAUCAGUAAUCAGUAUACUAUAAGGUUUUUUAAAUAACUUGCUGGUUAACUUCUUUUUUUCUCUCUAGAAAUUUGAAUGUAAAUUUAUAGAAAUUCCAGUUUUCUAGUUUUCUCUACUAAUUUAAAGUUUUUAGUCGUCAAAAUAAAAAUUCCGGUUUUAUAUUUCAAUUAUUUAUAUAACAUUAACAUUUUUUAUUUUGGUAUAUAAUAUAACUUCAAAUACUUCAAACACUUUUAACGAAUACUACAAAUAUGUAAGUACAGAGUAAAAUAUCCUCUUUGUACUUCAAAUGAGAAAAAUCUCAUUAUUUCAAAAUGUUAGGGCAACUAAUUUCUAUCGAGCUCCCUCCCACAUUUCACUUAUAGCUUGUGAUUGAAGAGUAAUAGCAACAGUAAUAUGCAGUGGGUAUUAAGAAAGCACAAAUUUUUGGAAAAUUAAUUAUGUAGACCUUAAUUUUGUGCAUCUAAAAACUAAGUAGGUGGUUUAUUGUUUACUUUAAAUUAAAUCGUUUUGUAAACACAAAGUGUAUGUUAAUAUUCACCCUGGGAGGUUAAGGAUGUACCAUUUAUUUAUUUUAAAUACAUAUCCUACGAAACUAUAUUUAUUGAAAACUGUCAUUAUUGUUUUGCAUUAUAGUCUGUUAUAUUGAAAUUAAUUACAUUUUAUAUUAAAUUUAAUAUUUAUUGAAUUUAGAAUAUUUAAUUAUACUGUUUUUAUUAAUGUUAUUCGAUUACCAAGUCGCAUUAAUCAAAAAUGGAAUGUGUUUUUAUUACACGAAUAAGUUUGUAUUUUAAUAUAAACUUAAAGCAUAAAAGUUUAUACAGUUAUUUGAACUUAAUUAAAAACAUUUUUGAAGUGAAUAGAAAAUGUAAACGAGUUUAAAAUACAGAAUAAAUGGGAAAAUCAAAUUACUUAUUUUCUAAAGAAAAAUACUUAUUGAAAAGUAUAUAAGGUUUAUAAGAUUCUUUCUCAACAUUUAAUUUAUUUUCGUGAAAAUCAUUCUGUCCUUGGGAUGUUAUUGUAGCUUUUAUCUCUGUAUUUUUGCUUGUUAAAUUAGAUUUUAGUAAUAGUUGAAAAUACUUACUGAGUUGCUAACUAAGUAAGUACACAAGUAGCCAAGUUAGUUCUGAAUUCACAAAAGGCGAUCGAAUAUUUAAAAUACUAUGUCUGAAAUUCUUCAUUUAAAAUGUUUUACACAAUAACUGUAUAUACAAUUCAUAUUUUAGAAUUUUGUGAAAUGUUUUUUUCAAAUAAUUAUUAUUAAACAAUGGACGUUAAUACAAACUGAAAGUCCAAUAAAAAAUAUGACAUAAUUCAUCAUUAGAAAAUAUUUUCGUCGUUUAUCCUCAUUUAUACCCUAUUGGAAAGUAAUUAAUUAAUUUAAUUUGUGCUCUCUUGUGUAGAAAUGUUUGCCUCCCACGGUCUGUAUUAAUUUAAAAAUUUAAUCGUUAACGUCAUGCCCGUCCAAUAGCUAUGUUUAUAACUGUCACUCGUAUAUAGAUUAAAUCUAAAAUUACUUUUAACACAUUUGGUAAAUUAAAGUCAAUUUAACGUUUGAAUUUAUUAUAUUUCAGAAUAGACGGUUGUCCUCUACUAGUUGUUGCUGA